AUGAGCCACCCCCAGCGCACCACCACCACUGCCAUUGCUACUGCCACCUCCGCCGACCCCCUACCAAAUCCCUCAAUGACCUCGACAUCCGAUGGUGCUUCACACAAAGUUCUGCAGGAGCUGUUCGGCGUAUUAAGACGCUAUGAGGAUUUCAAAUCCGCAAAGGUCUUAGUCGUCGGAAAGGCGUGCAUUAGCCACCAUCUCAAAGACAGGUCACUGGAAAAAAUCGAAAUACUCGUCAACACAAAACUUCCGCCAGUCACGCUCCGGGGAGACCUCAUAUUCGACCAAUCCGGAUACUUUUCAAUGUCGAAUAUGUCGAAUGCUGGCGGCUGCUCUUUCUAUAUGAAAGUGGGAGAUUCCAAUCUCAUCCCUUGCACCUUGGACACUGUAUCCCCACGGCAGCUGUCGCCCACGGCUAGGGACCUCAAACUUCAAAUUUGCUACCAGGCUUUUGGGAAAGUACACCAGCUGCAAUAUGUUCCGCGAGAGGCGAUUCCCUUUGCUGACCUCCCCUCCGUCAUUUUGAUGGAGGUCUUGUUGCCUUCAGAGACUAAAACAAUCAUCAAAUCCUCCCAGGUGUGGAACUUAGCCAAAAGGCUUGAUCCACAGUUUAGGUGGGAGGGUGGGCAGAGGAACGCUCUGGAGGCGAAGCUGACAAGGCUCAUAGAUCUGGGAUGGAACUAUGAGAAGAGGACGCGUGAAGAGUGGCGUGCGGCCCUCCAUCUCCAUGUUGAUGAGCUGGCAGACGGGGUGGAAGAUGAGUCCACGGACGGAGAGGAUGAGCUGGCAGACGGGAUGGGAGAUGAGUCCAUGGACGGAGAGGAUGAUCUGGCAGACGGGGUGGAAGAUGAGCCCCUUGAGAACAGUCCUAAUCCUUUGUCUUCCAACCUCCCUAUGCCAUAUGUCAUGCCCUGGCGUUCUUGGUGUGUUGGCGUUGGUGUAAUGGCGUUCAUCAUUGUUCUCUAUUUUCUUUUCCUUCGGGAAACCCAGACUCCUGAGAAAAGGCACAAUACAUGGACGAAAUGGGUGUUCAUCAUUAUGACACACUUUUUGCUAUGA